GCGGAAUCCAUCGGAGCCGUAAAUGUUGAGUCAAACUUUAGGGCGGAGUUUAAAGCCACUCGAUCGCGUGGACUCGACUGCCUCCAUUCCCUCGUCAACGACCUUACCCAGCCUUCCUCAAGACUACCUACGACGAUGCCCAAGGCCACUACCGGAAAGAAGGUCGCGCCCGCUCCCGCUGGGGCGCGCAAGCCGACCAAGACCCAGAAGAACCCUCUCUUUGAGGCUCGCUCGAAGAACUUCGGUAUUGGCCAGGACAUCCAACACAAGACCGACCUCACGCGCUUCGUCAAGUGGCCGCAGUACGUGCGCCUCCAGCGCCAGAAGGUCAUCCUCCACCAGCGCCUCAAGGUGCCCCCCGCGAUCGCACAGUUCUCGCACACCCUCGACAAGAACACUGCGACCCAGCUGUUCAAGCUCCUGAACAAGUACCGCCCCGAGACGAAGCAGGAGAAGAAGACCCGCCUCGAGGCGACCGCGAAGGCAACCGCCGAGGAGAAGGAGGCGCAGGCGAAGGAGUCGAAGAAGCCUCUCUUCGUCAAGUACGGCUUGAACCACUGCGUCGCGCUCAUCGAGGCGAAGAAGGCGUCGCUCGUCGUCAUCGCGCACGAUGUCGACCCCAUCGAGCUCGUCAUCUUCGUCCCCGCGCUCUGCCGCAAGAUGGGUGUGCCCUACGUGAUAGUCAAGGGCAAGGCCCGUCUCGGCACGGUCGUCCACAAGAAGACGGCUGCUGUCCUGACCCUCCAGGACGUCCGCAGCGAGGACCAGCGCGAGCUGAGCACGAUCGUCUCUGCUGCUAAGGCGAACUUCUCUGACAAGUACGAGGACAACCGUCGCCAGUGGGGUGGAGGCAUCCGUGGCAACAAGUCCGCGCAGAUGCUCCGCAAGCGUGCCAAGGCUGCCGGCCAGACCCUCUCGCUGGCCAACGCCCAGAAGCUCUGAACGACUGGCGUCCAUCGUCGUUGAAGGGCAUCGUCGGAGGUGUUGUAUGGCUCACAAAAAGCGCACUGUUGUCCUCGCUAUGCAUCGCUGGAGCUCGCUGCUAUCGCUGCUAAGUUACCACAUGUUCUGUGACCUGCUGAGCAUGUCGGUCUAGGAUGGCCGUGGUGAUGCCGCUUGUAUCAUACCGUGUACACUAGAUGCAGUCCAGUCCUGAGGCGUCCGCGUCCGGCCGUUUCAAAACGUUCGUGAGCAGGCAUGAAGUAGUACACUUGAAGUUGGGUACGAAUUUCUCUAUUGCCUCGGGUCAAACGUCAAACCUCUAGCACCGUAUGGCAUACACUGUGUUCUGGGGCUGGUCAACAUUUGCAGGUACUGUGAAUUGC